AUGGACGAUAACCUAAGAACAAUUGUAAAGAAUAUUCUUACAAAAAACAGCUUUCCCAUUUACCUCAUAAAUAGAUCGAUCAGAACGAUACAAAAUAAGAGAGAAGAAAAUACAUCAAGAUACACCCCAGACGAUAGCACAAAAUCAUUUCACAGGUUCCCCUUCAUCGAUGGCCUAUCUAACAGGAUUCAAAAGAUUCUCGGGGAAAUUAAUUGCACAUGCGCUUUCUAUAACGUCUCCACCACAAACAGAUUCUCCUCAAGACUGAAAGAAGCCACCAAAAAGGAUCUAUUAUCAUCUGUGGUUUAUAAGAUACCAUGCUUGGAUUGUGACAGGAGUUACAUUGGACAGACUCGACAGUACUUAAAGGAUAGGAUAAAACAACACAAAUAUGAUACCAGGAACAUAAACAACAAAGAAAAAACUGCCCUAACCUAUCAUGUGUUCGGUGAAGGCCAUAAUUUCAACUUUGAUGACGUGGAAGUACUAGAUAGAGAGAGUAAUGGCUAUCAGAGAAAUAUCAGUGACAUGAUUUCCAUCAGGAGCAACAACACCGUAAAUUUCAGAGAGGACGUUGAUAACCUGAGUUGUUUUUAUGAUAUUUUGUUGGAUACGACGUGA